AACUCGCGGCGCUUCUCGAGCCCCGCAGCUGUCGAGUCCAGCGGGCGCACCCAGCGCGGGGCCGGGGCGGAGCGGCGGGGCCGUCCUGGCGCUCCGCGGGGGAAGAAUUGGCAGGUGUUCAUCUUCAUGAAGGAGGGGAACACAUGAGAAGAUCUGAUUAGAACCACAGUGUUUGUUUCAAGAUGCCCCAAAGGGAAAAUACUCAUCUGCGAGUCUCAUCUUUCAAAACUGCCUGUGUUCUUUCAAUCAAAGAAAAACGUUUUUUGAGAAAGAUGACUUAUGAAGUCUGUGAACAAAGCUGGCUUCACAAGGAUACUGAGUGAAAGACAUCAUGCCUUACAAGGGACACUUAUCUUGAAGGGGUGACACUGUGCUCUUAAACAAAAACACACGCACUUGAAAAACACUGAUCCUGAACAGGAAUAAGGAUUAUAAAAACUGCAUCAGAAUGUUUAUUAGUCCCAGAAGAGUCAGAAAAUGCCAUUUUUUGCAGAUAUUUGCCACUUGCUUCAUACUGUGUCUCAUGAUUUUUUGGGGACCAUUUGAUAAUCACAUUGUGAGCCAUAUGAAGUCCUACUCCUACAGAUACCUCAUAAAUAGCUACCAUUUUGUGAAUGACAGCCUGUCUAUCAGCAGGGAUAACCUGGACAGAGUAUCGAGCUACCAAUACUUGAUUAACCACAGAGAGAAAUGUCAGCAGCAGGAUGUCCUUCUCCUAUUGUUUGUGAAGACUUCUCCUGAAAACCGUCAUCGGAGGGAUGCAAUCAGACAGACUUGGGGUAAUGAGAAGUAUGUUCGUUCUCAACUUAAUGCCAACAUUAAAACUCUUUUUGCUUUAGGACGACCAACAGACCAUCUGCAGAAAACAUGGCAGCAAAGGGAACUUGAGUUUGAAGACCAGAAAUACCAUGAUUUGAUUCAGCAAGACUUCUUGGAUACUUUUCACAAUCUUACUCUAAAAUUGCUUUUGCAGUUUAGCUGGGUGAAUGCCUACUGUCCUCAUGCCAGGUUCAUUAUGUCUGCAGAUGAUGACAUAUUUAUCCAUAUGCCAAAUCUUGUUGCUUAUCUCCAAAGUCUAACACAAAUGGGUGUUCAAGAUCUCUGGAUUGGCCGUGUCCAUCGUGGAUCCCCUCCCGUAAGAGACAAGAGUAGCAAAUAUUACGUUCCAUAUGAAAUGUACCAGUGGCCCUCUUACCCUGACUACACCGCAGGAGCUGCAUAUGUCAUAUCCAGUGAUGUAGCAGCUAAAGUCUAUGAGGCUUCACUGACUCUCAAUACAAGUCUUUAUAUAGAUGAUGUUUUCAUGGGUCUCUGUGCCAAUAAAAUGGGAAUUGUACCACAAUAUCAUGUAUUUUUUUCUGGGGAAGGAAAGGCUCCAUAUCAUCCCUGCAUUUAUAACAAGAUGAUGACAUCUCACGGACACGUAGAUGAUCUUCGCCAGCUCUGGAAGCAGGCUACAGAUCCCAAAGUUAAAAAGAUUUCUUCAGGGAUUUGGGGUAGAAUAUACUGCAGACUAGUCAAUAUUGUGCUUCUCUGUAAACUGCACUAUGAGGACACAUAUCCUUGUUCAGCUGCAUUUUCUUAAUACUUGAAUAUCUGCACAGAAGAUCCACUGAGCCAAAACAGAGCAACAACUUUUUAGGUGUUUAUUCAAAAUAUAUGUAAACAUGGAAAGAGGUAAAAUUUACAUGUAUUUGGGGUGGGCAGGGGGAGAGGAAGAAGAUGGUCCCAGAUUUUGUUCAGAAACUUAUUGGAAUAGCUCUCCUGUUGUACUGCAACUUUUUACAUUGUAGCCUGUUUUUUUACACUCUUCAAGGGAUGCAAGUCUGGAUUAUAAAUGAACUAUAAUAGACUUCUAGACUUUGAAAUGCUUGUUGAAAAUGUUUGUUCCUUUGAACUUGUCAGUAAGUCUUGAGGUUUUUUUUUUUAAAGAUAUGUGAACUAAGGCAUGUGGCAAAACAAAAAUCUGUUAUAUCAAAAUGGAAUAGACCUUUCAAAACGUAAGGAAAGUGGAACUUCUGACUUGAUGAAUGAGAGUAUUGCAGUAGUUUAAGGCAGUGUAAACUCAUUACAAACAUUCACCAUUUCUCAGUGUUUCAUCGAAAGUCAGCCUGGACCUGCACAGUUGACAAACAGUGAGUGCUAGAAGUAAAGCCCUGCUGCAAUUGUUCUCUCGAAGUUCCGUGAAUCUUUGAAACAGGGAAGCAGUGUUUGAAUGCCCUCUGACUUGGUGGUUUUAAGUGAAAAAGGAGCUCCCUUUAGAACUUGAAGUGAUAAAAAUCAAAUACUGCUCAUGUAAGUGGUUUGGUUAAUAUUUCUCUGCCUUCUGAAAACUGAAUCAGUGUAUUUAAACAGUCCCAUCUUUAAUAAGCAAAUAAGUUAAAUGAGUUUUCUUUUAAGAAUGCUUCUGUUUUCCAAUAUUCAUGGUUCUAAAGGUUAAAAGCAAGCAAAAGUCACCGAGAAUGUUACUUAGAGCUAACGUGAAGCUUUUAAAGACUUAAAAAAGCAAAAUUUUAAGCAGGUACUAACAAAGAGGGAGGAUAUUUUCUGCACAAACUUUGACUUCGCAUUGAAGGGAUAGGGAGAUGGUGAUUCACAGAAACCCAGUACGCAAAUCAAACCAACUAAAAUAUUUUUCCUCAAAAUUGUCGUUAAAUUAAUUUCAGGGUUAUUCGUGUCCACAAAACCCUGUACCUUGAAUAUAUUUCGAUGUUAAUAUCACCUGCAGAGGAACAUUGGAAAAUGUUCCUGGGCAUUGGAAAUCAAACCAAUUUGAACUGAGUGAUGUGCAAACUCCAGCCCUUACGAGCUGUGCUGGGGUGCCACAACCAGAGCUGUGGGCUGUCUGCAGUUCUGUCUUGUACAGCUCACUAAUGGUGCUUCCACAGACUCUCAGGACAGAUGUCUUAGUUGCUAAUUGCAAAACCUGUGGUGGCUGUACAGGACUUGCUAGUUUGAAGCUGUGAGUAGUAAAGUUGGUUUAACGAACUGCUGUUGCUCUUGGAGCUGCGCUGCGGGGUUGGUGGUUGGAAUGGAUAAUGGUGUCUCUUAGUGUAGACAGAAUCCAGGAGUGAGCUUGCUGACUGUUCUCUGAGCUGUUCACAUGGAUGAUAGGUAGCUACAUUUAAAAUAUGUAACUUUCUAUAAUUGAUUUUCCAGAAGGAAGAUAAUAAGAAUCUUAACUGGUUCCAAAUGUUUGGCAUAAAAAAAGCCUAUAAAUGAAUCAUUUAUCAGUGUCAAAAUGACUGAAGAAUAUAACUAUACUUUAGAAAAAACCAAAUCCAGUUCCUGUUCUUGCCUAAACAUUGAUUACAGUACUGAGAAUGUGUAUUUUUUAAAAG